AUGGUCCAUUUAAUUCUGCAUUUCUGCUUCCUUACAGGUGUAGCCGCAGUGAGGGUCGUACAGAUCCCCCCAUCCCUCGUCCUGCAGGAGGGUCAGACAGCCAGCAUGUCCUGCUCUGUAGAAGGAAGACAGAAUGUCAAUAUAUUACACUAUUACUGGAAGAAGACUGGAGCCCAGAAUUCCACCAAACUCCAGGACAGCUCCAUAGUCACCAUCACCUCCAACCUCCAGUCCAGCUCUCUCCUCAUCCCCUCCGUCACAGCCAGGGACAGUGGGCUGUAUGUGUGUGAUACAAUGAUAGACAAUACAUCUUUACUUUAUACCUACACUGGGAAUGGGUCGCACCUCCUGGUCACAGUGACCCCUGUAAUAUCCCUGUGGAUUGAGGAGGCGAAAGAGCUCCUGAUCUGUGAGGCUCAGAGAUUUUAUCCUCAGAAUUUGACCAUUUCGUGGAGUUUUUCCCUGAUGGAAACACAGACUUGGGACAAUUUCACAGAGAAUGAGGACAGCACAUACACCAAGAGGUCCACUGUGAAGAUAACAGAGGGACUGUGGGGUCAGAGUGUGAUAUGCAGCCUGGGGCACCGCUCACUCACAGCCAAACUCAGUAAGAGCCUGAGUCUCUAUGAGUUCUCUCAUUAUUACUAUAAUGUUCUUCUCAUCGUCCCGCUGUUCAUUGUCGCUUUUAUCUUUUGGAAACGUCGAUUCAGUAAAAAAGGAAGCAUGUCCGGGACUGCCGAGCCAAGUACCAUAACGAAAGAAAGAGGGUCUCCCAGCAUGCAGGAUCAAGAUAGUGAUGUGAAUUUGCACUAUGCCGCCAUUUUCCCUGCUAAUAAAGGUGCAGUGAGAAAGACCCCGCAGCAAAGGAUGAUGGUCCGAGAGGAAGAGAGCACUGAGUAUGCAGCAGUAAAAACUGCAAAGCCUGUGGUUCAUCAUACCCCCACGGCUGACCAGAACAAUGUGGAAGAGCCAUACGUGUUCUAUGCUUCACUGCGUAUGUCACCACCAUAG